UUCUUGACCUCCAACAUCAAAGGAAGACGUCUGCUCUCGUGAACGUGAAAAUGAAAAUGGCAACUUUAUUAAAAUUAGGAAAUUCGCUCCGAAUUAGAGGCCCCAAGGCAAUUAAAAAGAUUCCAGAGCGAUUUACUAGCUCUGCACCUCAACUUAAAGAGAUCCUGGUUAACUUUCCUCCCACAAAAACUACCACACUUGACAGUGGGUUGAGGGUAGCCACCGAAGACACCGGGGCUCCAACUGCCACCAUUGGAUUGUGGAUCGAUGCUGGAUCUCGAUUUGAAACUGAGGAGAACAAUGGAGUCGCUCACUUUCUGGAACACAUGGCCUUUAAGGGCACAUCAAAACGAACCCAGACCGAUUUGGAGCUGGAGGUUGAAAACCUUGGAGCACAUUUGAACGCUUACACUUCACGAGAGCAAACGGUCUUUUAUGCCAAGUGCUUGAAAAGUGAUGUCCCCAAAGCUUUAGACAUCCUGGCUGACAUUCUUCAAAACUCAAAGUUAGGAGAAGCUGAAAUUGAAAGGGAACGAGGAGUGAUUUUGAGAGAAAUGCAAGAAGUAGAAACAAACCUUCAGGAAGUUGUGUUUGAUUACUUACAUGCCACUGCCUUCCAAGGAACAUCUCUAGGAAGGACGAUCCUAGGACCCACCAAAAACAUCAAGUCUAUCCAGCGCAAGGACCUGAAGGAGUACAUUGACUCCUUCUACAAGCCUGGUCGCAUGGUGUUGGCUGGUGCUGGGGGAGUGAACCAUGAGGAGCUGUGCAAGCUGGCCAGUCAGUACUUCACUGGCAAACCUUCCUACGAGAUUGACAUACCUGACGUCAAGGCUUGCCGCUUUACUGGAUCGGAGAUGAGGCUGAGGGACGACAGCAUCCCGUUGGCGCAUAUUGCCAUCGCAGUAGAGGGUGCCGGCUGGGAGAGUGCUGACAACAUUCCCCUCAUGGUCGCAAACACUCUGAUCGGCGCGUGGGACCGUUCCCAGGGCGGCGGCACCAACAACGCCUCUCGUCUGGCGAAGGCAGCUGCCGAGGACAACCUUGCUCACUCCUUCCAAAGCUUCAACACAUGCUACAAGGACACUGGCCUGUGGGGUGUCUACUUCGUCUCUGAGAGGCUGGACAUUGAGGACAUGUUGUAUAACAUUCAGUCAGAGUGGAUGAGAAUCUGCAACGCCCUGACUGAGGGAGAGGUGGAGAGAGCUAAGAACCUACUGAAGACCAACAUGUUGCUGCAGCUGGACGGCACCACCCCAGUGUGCGAGGACAUCGGUCGCCAGAUGUUGUGCUACGGACGUCGCAUCCCUGUCCACGAACUGGAGGCUAGGAUCAACGCUGUGACAGCCAAGGAUGUACAGGCAGUAGCUACAAAGUACAUCUACGACCGUUGUCCUGCUGUGGCUGCUGUCGGACCCGUAGAGCAACUGCCCGACUACACCAGGAUCCGUGCAUCCAUGUACUGGCUUCGACUCUAAACUCACCCUCCACACUCCUCAUUGUAAAUUGUUUAUACUCACAGCAUAGUGGACAUAGCUGUUAACUGUUUAGGUAUUAUUUUAUCCAUCGCCUCUGUGUACCAAACUGUGAAGACGUUCUCCUUUUUUUACCAUCUGAAUCAGUUUUCUGAUUUUUGAAAUUGUAAAUUUAAAUAUACAGCUAAUUAUAAUUUUAAAAGAGCGUUAAAUAAAUAUACUAAAUUAUU